AGAGUAUCAGUUUUCUUUCUAAUUGGAGCCUGUCUUUAUUCAUCUAUUAAUUACUCAUAUGACUCAGCAGUCUUGCUUUUGCAGAAUAUAUAAAUGUGUAAUGUAUUGUGCUUUCUAAUUUGGGGAAAUAAUGAAGAAAAUUGGGUGUUUGAAAAUAGGAUUUGAGACUGUGUCUGGGAGCUGCUUCUUAUCAAUCCUAAUGAAUGGGCAGGGAAGCUGAGCUGGAGCUGAUUCUGUGAAUUACUGUGUUCUUGCAUAUUUUGCUUUUUCAGAAACUCUUAAGCGCUUCAUUCUUAGAUAGUACUUUGUCUUAUGUCAAGCAUUGAUUGUAAUAUUAACAUUUUUCUGUGUAUGUUCUUCAUGUGGAAUCUACUUCUGGAGUGUUGGACAAACUGGAAAAAGUUAUCAAAAUAGCAUUUAAGGAACUACUGUAGGAGAAUGGCAGGCAGAUUUUGGGGCCAGAGUCAAGAGAGGAAUCAUCCUGGAGUCCUUGCAUUCCCACAAAUGGUCUAAAUCUAACCCCUCUUUAAUUCCAUUAACUCUUACCUAGCGCCAGUUUAGGGCUGACCUUUAGUUGACUAGAUUCUUGUGAAUAGGCAUGAGCAAUAAAUCAAUAUAAUUGGAACUUAGCAUGUGGUUGCUCUCUCACCGGACAAUUAAAUGGAAUGACGCGGAAUGAAGAAUAAUGAGAUUUCAUUCUGGUAGCUGGGAUUUAAAUCUCAUGCCUUUUGUUUUCAGUGAAGGCCAAUCACUCAAAUCCCCUUGGAAGCUUACAGGGUGUUAAUGAUUAAUACAAUGAUUUGGGCACUGUAACCAAAUAUAUAAAUCUGCUGUUGUACCAAAAAUAACUAGAGUAAGUAAACAACCACAAUACUCAUAAGAAGUCUAAAACGAACCAUAUUCCAUUAUUGGGAUGGAGAGAAUCCAGUCUGCAAUCUGUAAGUAUUUAAAGAUGGAAUUGGUUGCCUAGACUUUAAGACAGUGCUUGAAGGCUACAAAAUAUUUCUUGAGCUUCAUUACAAUUUUCCCCUAGAACUGCUUUCCUGUCAUAUGUGCCUUCCAGAUGUUUUGCCUUGCCCUUGGGAAUUAGGAAAAUUGCAGCCCAAAACCUCUGGAGAGCAUUAGAUUGAAGCCAUAGUUACAAAUAGCUUAUUUCCCUCCCCCCCUCCCCCAUCCAUUUGAUUGCCCAGUUUAGGGGAAAGUUCUAGAAAAUAUGUCUCAGAGGCCUUCCUCUUCUGCAUGUUGGCAACAUAAAUACACCUACAAUUGGCAGAGGGCUGAAAAUAGUUCUUAUUGAAAUUAUAAAUAUUGACACUGAUUUCAAUGCUCCUAAUCCGACUCUUGUCUUGUCUUUGUGCCAAAGGUUUUCUCUUCCUGCCUUUUUAUUAACUUUAAUCUUUUAGCUUGAGCUGGCUUGAACAUUUAGUUGGAAGGGUGCAAUUAAAAAAAAGUCUGCUGAAGUUAACUUUCUAAAGAAUUUAUGUAAUAAUUAACAGAUUUCUUAAAUUAGGAACACAUCGUUUCCCUUACAAUAACAAAAAUCCUACAAAUAAGCAGUUCAAUAAACAAAGAGAAAUGCUUGUCAGAAUCAUGAACAGCCUUAACUAAAUCUUUGUUAGCCCUUCCACAUUUUGGGGGUGAUCCAUGAACUUUUGACCAUAAUGAUGUAAUGGUCGUAUUGUUAAAUUGGAUUAAAAGCAUAACAUUUUAAGAGCAAAAUGUUUACCUAAUUCUCCUAAAUAUUUAGAGUGGGGCAAAGAUCCAUUGAAAAGAUAUGCUUCCUUCCGAUGCAGUGAUUUAAAUUCCAUGACACUGUUUACAAAUGUCAGAGCAGCUCCUUCCAUGUCCAGGGUCCAGCUGCAUGUUGAAAUGAAGCCAGUCCAAGACUGAAGCUAACAAAUGAUUGCUAUUUUUGUAAUACGCUCUGAUUAGCCAUGAUCUUCAAAUAAUUUUCUGCUGCUUAUUGCUAAUUGUUGCUGAUCGUUUCUAACCCUUAGUGAUUCUUCUAAUCUUCAACCACCUAAAACCUUCGUUUCUGCUUUUGCCUGUUGCUGCUGCUGCUGCUUCCUCCUUGAGUCAGAAAAAAACCUUAAGAAACUUGGAUUCCCCAAAAAGCCAGGUGGCAGAUCUAAAAGAAAAAGAAAGCUGCCCAUUAUGAAUCUUAAACAAAGACUGUGGACCCUUGUGUGGUUCCCCCUGUAUUUUUUGAUAAAUGUGUACAGUGCCCUUGUAUUCAUACCCUGGUAUUUUCUUACAAAUGUUAAGAAGAAAAAAGCUAUGGCGAAGCGCUUAAAAGCUAAGCCCGUCUCCGACACCCCCGGAAGUCCGUAUCGGUCCAUUUCACAUAUGGAAUCAUUAGCCAAUAUAGACUUUCCUGGAGCGGACACCCUGGACAAAUUGUUUGACCUUGCUGUGACAAAGUUUGGGAAGAAAGACUGUCUUGGAACAAGGGAGGUCCUGAGCGAAGAGAAUGAAAUGCAGCCAAAUGGGAAAGUAUUUAAAAAGUUAAUCCUAGGGAACUAUAGGUGGCUGAACUAUGAAGAGACCAGCCAGAAGGUGAAGCACUUUGGGAGCGGGUUAGUGGCGCUUGGAUUGCAGCCCAAGAGCACUGUGGCCGUAUUCUGUGAGACUCGAGCUGAAUGGUUUAUUGCCGCCCAGUCUUGCUUCCGGUACAACUUUCCUCUUGUUACACUAUACGCAACCCUUGGAGAAGAGGCGGUAACCUAUGGAUUAAAUGAAUCUGAAGCAUCAUUUCUAAUCACUAGCUUAGAUCUUUUGGAAAGCAAACUGAAGAAUGUACUGUCAAAAAUUCCCUGCCUCAAAUACAUCAUUUAUGUGGAUAAUAAGACUAUCAAUAAAUCAGACUAUCCUAAAGGGCUGGAGAUUCAUAACAUGCAAGCAGUAGAAGAACUUGGAGCCAAGCCAGAAAACUUAAGCAUCCCUCCCUGCCGCCCUAUUCCUACAGACAUGGCCCUAGUAAUGUAUACCAGUGGCUCCACAGGGAGGCCAAAAGGGGUCAUGAUGGUACAUAAAAACCUGAUAGCUGGAAUGACUGGACAGUGUGAGCGAAUUCCUGGCCUGGGACCCAACGACACAUAUAUUGGCUACUUGCCUUUGGCUCAUGUAUUAGAACUGACAGCAGAAAUUUCCUGUAUUACUUACGGCUGCAGGAUUGGAUAUUCCUCACCACUCACCCUGUCAGACCAGUCCAGCAAAAUUAAAAAGGGAAGCAAAGGAGACUGCACUGUUCUGAAGCCCACUUUGAUGGCAGCUGUGCCAGAAAUCAUGGAUCGAAUUUAUAAGAACGUUAUGAGUAAAGUUCAGGAGAUGAACUAUUUCCAGAAAACUUUGUUCAAGAUAGGAUAUGACUAUAAAUUGGAACAAAUAAAAAGAGGUUAUGAUGCACCCCUCUGUAACUUACUGCUAUUUAAAAAGGUGAAGGCCCUGUUGGGAGGGAAUGUACGUAUGAUGCUUUCCGGAGGGGCUCCUCUCUCAUCUCAAACACAGAGAUUCAUGAACAUCUGCUUCUGCUGCCCUGUUGGCCAAGGUUACGGCCUGACGGAAACCUGUGGAGCAGGCACCAUUACUGAAGUAACUGACUACAGUACUGGAAGAGUUGGAGCGCCUCUUAUCUGCUGUGAGAUUAAGCUCAGAGACUGGCAAGAAGGAGGCUACACAACAACAGAUUUGCCACACCCGAGGGGGGAGAUUAUAAUUGGAGGGCCCAAUGUCUCUAUGGGAUACUUCAGAAAUGAUGAGAAAACAGCCGAAGAUUUCAUUGUCAAUGACAAAGGCCAGCGAUGGUUCUGUACUGGAGAUAUUGGAGAAUUUCAUUCUGACGGGUGCCUCCAAAUCAUAGAUCGUAAAAAAGACUUGGUGAAGUUGCAAGCUGGAGAAUACGUGUCUCUUGGCAAAGUUGAGGCAGCCUUGAAAAACUGCCCCCUGAUUGACAAUAUUUGUGCAUAUGCGAAAAGCAACCAGUCUUACGUUAUCAGUUUUGUGGUUCCCAAUCAGAAGAAACUAAUGGCACUUGCUGAACAGAGGGGUAUGUCUGACAGCUGGGUCAACAUCUGUAACAAUCCUGUCAUGGAAUCGGAAGUUCUGAAAGAGAUUAAGAACAUGGCUAACAAAAUGAAGUUGGAAAGAUUUGAAGUGCCCAUCAAAGUGCGUCUGAGUCCGGAGCCCUGGACUCCUGAAACAGGCUUAGUCACCGAUGCUUUCAAACUGAAAAGAAAGGAGCUGAAGAACCAUUACCUCAAUGACAUCGAGCGGAUGUACGGAGGGAAAUAAGACCUCCCAAUCACCCUGCGUCAGAAACCGUGCGUUGUUUCUUCUGGAAUUGAACAAUGAAUGAAUUUCCCAAAGAGCGGUUGUAUUUCCAAACAGAAGCUGUAUUUCAUAAAACAGUUGAAAAUUUACUCUUGGUUACCCAGAAGGAACAGCUGCUCUGGCUUUCUGCCCUGCAGUUUUCCAAGAUGCUGUCAAAAAUACCGACCCACUGCCAUGGUUUCAUUAGACCACUUCCAGUUCCAAAUGGCUGUGUUCAUAUGGAACGCCCUCACUGGAUAAACCAAUACUUCUACCUUUCUAUUCCGGCUUCUUCUCUGAUUUGAAAGCAGUGAGAUCAUCUUGGCUGAGUCCAGGGCGAUGUUUUUGAAAUGGAUGAAAUGCUGCUCCGGAAAUGGCUCUCUCAGGUCCUUUGCUGAAUGGCUCAUUUGAAGGUGACUGUCAUUGGAGGUCCCAAGAGAGGAAGAGGGAUUUCUCUGGUGAAAACGGUACUUUCACCCAGCUGUAAACUGACAGUCCAAUGCAACAAUGCCCAGUGGGGUCCUUGCACCACGUGCCAAGUUAUUCCUUCCUUUCUUUCUGCGGCACCAUCUCUGCCAUGAAAUUAUUCCUGCAAUUUCUAAUUAUUUUUAUUACUCAUUCCAGAAAAAAGGAUCCAUAGGCAGUUGGCCCACUGCUCAAGAAAAUACUGGUGGCACUUUUAAAAGUCACCUUUGCUGUUGCAUUAGGAGAAAAAAACCCUUUCACUGCCAUUGGUGAGCACAGAGAGAUUCUCUCAUAUUUAUUUUUCUCUCUUUCAAAUUGGCUGGUAGUAAACAUUUAGAGUGCCAAAAAAAAAAAGAAAAAGAAAAGAAACUAUCCUCACAGAUGAUCAGAGGUAAAUUAAGACAUUCCAAUCAAAACAUUUCAAGCCAUCUUUGGAAGAAGACAAGUGGAUGACUUUGGCCGUGCCUAGCAUCAUUUUGGCUUAUACUAAGAACGCUGCCACGAUUAAGCCGGCAUCUUUUCCGAUCAUUUAUUUAUUCGCACUCGCUACCUUAAACAAAAAAAAUCAGUGGAACAAAACAAGUCCUGUAACUAAAGUAAUCAGCGUACCGUCUGCUUUUGCAGAGUGUUAUGCUUUCUGGGAUGUUCGCAUCACUUCCUCUAAGCACAUCCCCACCACAGAUAAAAUAUUUGGUUAUUGUUGUUUGUUUGUUUUUUAUUUUAAAGGGGCAUUUUAAUUUAUCUUUGACUAUAUCACAUAAAACAAAAUCUUAUAUUAAAUGAAUUUCUAUGCGAGUGAUGGACGUAGCCUUGGCAACUUUGUGUUUUAAAGUGUUUGCAAAGGGAAUUUUUUUGUCUGCUAUUCUUAUUUAAAAACUGGAAAUCCUCAAUGUACGGAGGGCGGGAGGGAGCAGCCGUCUCCUUUGUGUUGCUGUGUGCAUUAUUCCAGAGAAUGUCUUUUGUGCACUGGGCUUCUCUAUUCAUACUAGUAGUUCACACUUGAAACAAAACCGAGAAGAACGUGGCAACGUUGGGAUGCUGUUCUCCUGUGCACUUUCAAUCCUUUUCUGUAUGUGGCUUCCAUUUUUGUACAAAUGUGGCGCUCGGGUGCAUUGUGUUACCUUUUGGUGGCUCUAAAGUAUUUAUAAAAUAGAUUCUCUUUUA